AUGGAUCGGCUAUUGAUUGUAAAGCUCGCGCGGAACACCGUGCUUCCGUUGGCUUACAUACUAACCGCCGCCGCGUUCGUGAUAGCCGGCUACUUUUUGGCCCUAAAAACACAGUCUUCCAUGUUGUUUUGUAAAGAUGGAAACUUUAAGCAGUUUCUUAUUAAAAAAGUACCUGUUGUCAGAGAAAAAUAUUUACCUUCAAUUUGUGGUUUCAAUGGGUAUGCACAUACAGUUUUGGCUACACUGUUUAGAGAUAUUAUUACACCUACAGUAGUGUAUGACAGAGAAAUUUUGACGUUAAACGACGGUGGUGAACUCGCUAUAGACUGGCUGUAUCCAAAAUCUAAAGGUCCACAAAGUUUAGUUACUGUAAUCAUACUUACUGGACUUACAGGCGAUAGUCAAUCUGAAUAUGUCAGGGAAACGGUUAAUGAGCUAUUUGAAAAAGGCUAUUGUUGUGUUGUUUUUAAUUACAGAGGCCGAGGAGGUGUAAAACUGAAGACCGCCCGAACGUACUCGGCGACCAACAUCGAAGACCUGACUGAAGUUCUGAAACACAUUAAGUCCAAACGACCAAACAGUCCGAUUGCCGGCAUAGGAUUCUCAAUGGGAGGAACAUUACUGGGAACAUUUUUAAUGUCAUCUGAACAAGAGAAAAACAAACACUUGGUCACAGGAAUUCUAAUAUCAGUUCCAUGGAAUGUAAAACAAGCUUGUAAAAACGCAGAAAGUUCUUGGUUGAUGCGAAAAAUGGGCGAAAACUUGUCCCAUCAUUUACGUAGUGUCGUCGUUAAGAACAAAGAUGUCGUUUUCAAACAAGAUACUGACGGAGCGUUAGAUUACAACAUGAUUAAACAGUGUAACACCAUCCGGGAGUUCGAUACAGCCUAUACCAUUAAAAUAUUCAACUACUCCAAUGUAUAUCAUUAUUACGAGGACGCAACACUGAGUAACAAACUUCAUCUGAUCAACGUACCGUGUCUGUGUUUAAGUGCCGCGGACGAUCCUUUUCUUUACUUUAGAGACAUACCCGUGAACGAAGCCGACAAACAUGAAAAUUUGGCUAUCUUAGUGACUUCUGGCGGUGGUCACGUGGGUUACCUAGAUACUUUUUGGCCAUUCACGAACAAUAACUUUAUGUUAAAACUCAUUCAACAAUAUUUCGACGCGAUUAUGGUAGAUAAGAAUUAUGAAAAAUUUGUUAAUCUUUAAACGAUUUGUUUUUCUAUUUAUUACAGUAUAAUAUAUUAGUAUUGUACGUAAAUUAUAAAACAAUACUGUAUACGAUCGAUAAUAAUCGUUGCGGGUAGGAUUAAUGUCUUUAAAUAUUGCUUUUGAUUUGAACUAUUUUGUUAUUUAAAUUUUAAAUCGAAAAUGUCACUAAAGCAUUUUAAGCAUAGUUUUAAAUUAAAAACAUUUUAUUACUUCGUUAUUGUUAUUAAUAAAUUAAACGGAUCAAGGGUAUACAUACAAUAGGUUAUUGAACAAAAUUCAAAAUUAAUAAAUUAUAAGAAUAUUAUUUUAUUAGAUAAUAUAUUUAAAUGAAGGAAUAAUAUUUUUUUUGUAAAAAAUAAAUUGUAUUGCUACCUGGAUUUUGUUAACCUUAUUACUUGGUUCGUUUAUAUUUUAUACAUUUAGUCCCUAGUCAUUACUCCCCUCUCUAAACGUUCUGAAAUUCGUAAAAACCCAACAAGAGAUAUCCGUUUUUGAGGAGUUUAAUGUAUAAUAAGUUAUUUUUUCAUUUAAACAAUCUAGUAUGUAAUAACAAUUUAUUUUUAUUUAAUUUUUUUAUUACAUUAUAAUUAAUUCAUGAUUUAGUAAUA